UGUACAAACAAAAUCUUAUCAGAUUCAAGACUAACAAGUAUACUAACAAGAUUUUUUUCAGAAUUUAUUUCGAAUUCUCAGAUCUACAAGUUUGAAAAAUACAAUGGAAAUGAUACUACCUAAAAAGAAGUAAUAAUGCCCUCGUUUCAAGAAUUUGGCUCAGAAGAUACUGCUAUGAAAAAUGCCAUCAUUAUACAUCCCGGAUCGUUGUACAUUAGAAUAGGACGAGCUUCCGACAUUAAUCCCGUUACUCUACUUCAUGCUGUGGCUACAAAACGAUACACCGGAGGAGCCAGCCAUGUCGAUUCUCUACUGCCGCAAGUUGUACUCAAAAAUAAAGAUGAUCUCAAAGAAAUCGAAGAAUCGAGACUACAAGUGUCCAGAUUUCUACAAUCGCAGAAUCAGUCAUCAGGUAGAAGAAGAUACGUAACACCUCCGCAGCAAAUAGCAGCUUUCAAUAGACGAGUCAGUGGUCAAGUUUUGAACGCAUCCGGAGGAGAAUGGUACCAAACCGAUGAUACCGUAGUGAUAGGAGAUGAAAUUUUGAAUCUAGAUCCGCAAUCCGAUUACAACGUUCAUUUCCCAAUACGUCGAGGUGAAUUAAAUCUGCAUAAAGGGAUCGGUGGCAGUUUAAUGAGCGUUUUAGAAAACCUGACGACUAUUUGGUCGUACAUUAUUAGAUUUCAUUUGGGUAUCGAUGCUAAAGACUUCAAAGAUUUCAAAUGUGUUCUUGUAAUUCCCGAUGUAUUUAAUCGAAGUCACGCUCGCGAACUGAUGAAUUUAUUGCUUCGUUCGAUGAAAUUCGGAUCAUGUUUCUUGCUCCAAGAUCACGUCGCUGCCACUUUCGGUGCAGGGCUAAGUUACGCUUGUGUAGUAGACGUUGGUCACGAAAAAACCUCCAUUAGCUGCGUCGAAGACGGUAUCUCGUUACCGAACACCAGAGUUAAAAUGGGCUACGGUGGAGCCGAUAUAACCCAAACGUUUCACUGGCUGUUGCAAAAGUGCGCUUUCCCAUAUUCCGAGUGUGAUCCUACGAAAUUACGAUUGGACGCGUAUCUGAUGCAGAAACUGAAGCAUGAUUUUUGUCACGUGCAUCUGGAUGUUUGCGGAUGUUACGAGAAAACCUUCGUGAUACGACAGCCAAAGAAAUCCGUCCAACGGUAUACGAUUCAAGUCGGAGACGAAUGUAUCAUAGCAGUGUUAUCCGUAUUCCAUCCCGAAUUACUCGGUAUCACCGGUCCAAAAUCAGUUACUACUCAGACUCGAACCCAGUCUCAUUUCGAAGACCCAUUAGAUGCGGAAUACUUGAGAGAAACUAGUCGAAGAGGUACAAAAGAAUCUCUAGAAGGUAUGACCGGUGAAACGUUACCGGAUAGUGGCUCGUUAACUACCCAGAUUACCGGAGAAGAUGACCUAGCGGUUGAAACCAUCGCCGAAGGGUGCUCUCAACAGACUACUUCUACUUCCGAAUUUUUAAACGCUGAAAAUAAUCAUCCUGUUGGUUUAGACGUUGCAAUUGUACGAUGUAUUGAAAGAUAUGGUAACGAAGAACAGAGACGUAAAUUUUAUUCAUCCAUUUUAGUCAUCGGUGGUGGUAUCAAGUUCCCUGGUAUUACCGAAUUCCUAGAGAAUAAAUUAUCGAAAUUAAUUUCACCUCCUCAUCAAACUGAAAUGGUCGAAGUGAUCAUGUCAUCGAAAGAAAUCGAUUCGGAAAAUACCGCUUGGAAAGGUGCUGCUAUUAUGGCAACGUUGGAAUCAGCUCAAGAACUCUGGAUACAAGCUCAAGAAUGGGAAAAAUACGGAGUCAAACUGCUACGUGAAAAAUCUGUAUUUAUUUGGUAAUGAAGACUGUAUAAGCACAACAGUGUUCUUCGAUUCACCAUGACCUAUUCAUACAUACUAUUUGAACCUUUUUCGCGAAUUUUUUGUACAGAAAUUUUAAAAUUUUAUAUUCAUUACAAAUAAAUUAAAACGACCAGUUCCUUUUAAAAUGAAAAUACACUCACAAAUAAC